AUGCCGUUCAAGCCCCAGGUCCCCAUACUCCAAGUCGAGUCCAACGCCAUCCACACCGUCGACACCCGCUCCGCCGAGCAAUUGUUCGGUCUCUGGUCGGUAUUCUCCAAAUGCGCCGAGACCAUGGAGGAGGGCCGCCGCCUCGAGAACCUGAGCUGGCGCCUAUGGAACCGGGAGACCUUCUGCUGCGCUCCCGACCACACUAACCCCAACGCCUCUCUGUUCACCACCCCGCGUUGGUCCUACUCGCGCAAGACGUCCGACUCGGGCUCCUUGUCCAUUCCCGCCCUGUCGUCGAGCGUUGAGUCCAACGACUCGGACGAACGCGUCGACAGCGCCUCCACCCUGCACUCGACCACCUCGUCAAGACCUCACAUUAGGAGACACGACUCGACCGAAAGCCGGAACCGAGGAACAGAAAAGCACAUUACGCCUGUUGACCUCGAGAGCUUAGUCAUUUGCAUCAAAGAGAAGAAGGACCUGGAGCCUCUCGCCCCCUUGCCGAUGCCCGCUCCCGAGCAGCAGGUCCAGGAGAACGCGAAGGAGCGACGCGUCGAGGAAUCCAUUCCGCCACCUACCAACCCUAAGCCCCAAAUGGUCCCCGAGUCGUCCACUUCCACCGUCGCCACCACCCUCGACAGCGAUCUCUCGAAAAUGAGCCCUCCUGUCAUUGGCUCCGACACCAGCACCUCCACCGACAGCAGCUCCCACAGCGUCGUUCGCGGCUUCUCUCCCGGCCGCGUGUCCUCUUCCUACCGCUCGAGGACGAAUCUCCAGCAGCAGGCCAUGCCCACCCCUAUCAUCAGGCAGCCCCAGCACAUCGCACCCCCGAUGCAGAAGAAGAAGGGUGCCAUGUUCACCCUCGGUGGCUCUUCCGACGAGGAUGGUAACAGCUCUUUGGAAACUCACAUGCAGAUGAGCCAGAUGAGCAACGCGCGCAGUUCGCUCUCGGACGGCCUCAGGAAGCCCCCGGCCGUGUCCCGCAAGCAGACAUCUUUCAAGGAUGAGAUCUCCGCCAGGAUGCCCGAGCGUAAGGCGUACGAGAGCGAGGAAGUCUUCGAGAGCGACAGCGACGAGGAGGUCUCCGAGAGUGCCAUCGAGGACGACGACGAGAGCCAAUGGGAGGAUUCGGACGAUGAGAGCGGCCCAUCUAGCGUCAACGACAAGGUCUCGUUCCAGAGGGUCGACUCCAAGCCCAACCUCACCUCCCGCCGCUCGCUCCUGACCACCCUGAUGCACGAGGGCGACCGGGCCCAGGCCCUCCAGAACGCUGCGUCCCGCUCGACUCCCGCCCUUCGCCGCUCGCGAGCCACUUCGCCCAAUGGACCUUCCGUUGCGGCAUCACCUAACACCCAUACGUUGAGAUACACCCCUGCCCAGCCUGCCCAGCCUGCGCCCAAGCCUGAGCAGGAAAUCCCCAGGUCAAAGCCCAUCAUUAUGACGACCUCUAACACACACGCCCCUCCGGCACUGUCCCCUCGGACCACCAGGCGGAACAUGCUCACCACAGAGUUGACAGAGUCCCUCCGCAAGCAUCUGCUGUGGGAGCGCCAACAGAAGAACUCGACCAACAACGCAGUUCUCAAGAGGAGACACACUUCGACAGAUGUCAAGAACCUCAAGAACUACCCUGGCGAGGCUCAGCCAUCGGCCCUUGCGACCGUAAAGGAGAACGCUGCCAAGGGCAACAACUCCUGGACCACCAACUACUUCGACUCGGGUCUUCAAGAGUACCACGAGCGCGGGUGGUGA